AUGUGCACAUGCAAGUCGAAGUACGAUAUGGAGUGCGCAAAUAUUAGCCAUAAAUCCCUCAACUUGAUGGAACGCAAAAACAAGUGGAAGUGUCCAUUGCGUGUAUGUAUUCAGCCAAAAGAAGGAAAUGUAAAUACCCCUGUACGCAGUACUGCGACAAUAAUAGAUAGAAUGACGGAACAGGAAACAAAUAUCUGUACGAAACCGCACGAUUUAACGUAUGACGACAAUAAUGUUACACAACGUGCUAAGAUCACUAGACCUUCUUCGUCUAGUGAACAAAGCAGUUCAGUGGCUGAAAAGAGUGGGCACAGUAAUAUUCCCUAUAGUGCUAUGUUGGACGACUUAAAACUAUUUAUAAAAGAAUUACUACACACCCAGAUGGUUAGUAUUCGCGAGGCGAUAGUCGGGCUAACUACAACAAUUACAGCUCACCGCUAA